GGAGGCCCUUCACCGGGCAGCAGGCGUGGGAGCAUGGGGUUUCCGAGGCUCCUGGCGCUCACUUCCCGUGUACCGUUUUCUCUGCUUUCCAUCAGAGCCAUGCAAGGCAGCUCUGCCCUGCUGCUGCACACGUUUCCUUGGUGGGGCUGAGGUGCACAGGCUGCAGUGUGGAUGCGGCUCUCAGGUUAGGGCCGCCGCUCCCACGAGCCCCCUCCUCUCGGCACAGGCCGGCCACAUGUGCAUUGUUCGCAUGUGGACACACACGCUGUGCAGAGCGAGGGCCACCUGCGGGCUCCAUGCUCUGUGUGUCCAGACUGCGCCUGCCUGCUGUAAGGACUAUAAAUAAGCCCAGCCUGGCGAGUAGGCAGCUCUGCUCCAGCUAAGCCAGCCCAAGGUAAAAUCCAGUGCCAACCGAGUGGCUUCUGAGCGCACAUACACGCGCACACACACACACACACACACACACACACACUCGGAACCUGCAGGGCUGCCCCAGCUUCUUUGGCCCAGGACCCACAGCUGGAGGUGCCCGGCUGGCAGUCAGUGCCCAACGCACAGCGCCCAGGGACCUGAGAGCCUCACGUCCUGACAUCAGUCUCCUGCCAGGGAGCUGCAGUGAGGACAGACUGGAGCUGGAGCUGAGAACUGGGGUCUGAGGCGGGGCUGGUGGAGGAGACUGCGGGUGGACGGUCAGUGGCUGCCACAGCUCAAGGGUCCUGGUCCCGGGGACGGGCAAGGCAGGACUUGGAAGGACACUUUGCUCAUUCUGACUCUGUUUCCCCCUUCUCACCUGGCAUUCUGCUCUGGAGAGCGUGGUGAUUUAUGGGCCAGAUGUCAGCUGGGAGAGGCCGGCCCUCAUCCUAAAUUUAGCCUCUCUUGGCCAUAAAUGGGGGCAGCAGGUGCUCAGCCCGGAGGGAUCAGCUCUGCAGCCUUGGCCAGGGUCUGAGCUCCGUGACCCGUGGGCCAGUGAGUGCUCUCCUCUGCCCUCUGCUCCCUCCGUCUUAGUCUUCAAGGCCGUACUGUCCCCGCCUCCCUUCUGAGACAUCUGUCUUCCCUGUGCCAUGCGGCCCUGUGCCACUAGCCUGGGUGAGCUGGCUGAUUCCUGUGGCUGUCACCAGGUUCUCAGAAAAGAGAUGAAGUGAGCGGAGGGAAAACUGGAAAGAGCUGCUGCAGCCCACUGAGCUCAUUGGCAUUCCAAGUGUGGAAACAUCAGGACACAACUGGCAAAGAGCGGGAGCCCUCAACAUGUCCCUGGUGGCCAUGCCCUUCUACCAGAAGAGACACAAGCACUUCGACCAGUCGUACCGCAACGUUCAAACCCGGUACCUUCUGGAUGAAUAUGCAUCCAAGAAGCGAGCGUCCAUGCAGUCCUCUACCCAGAGCUACCUCGCACAGAAGUCGUCCGCACAGAGGGCCGCCAGCCGGACCUCAGCAGCGGCCACGAGCGUGAGCACGCGGGAGGAGGAGCAAGAGGAUGAGCACAGGUACCGGUCCCUGGAGGCGGCCUACGGCGAGGCCAAGCGGCAGCGGUUCCUCAGUGAGCUGACGCAGCUGGAGGAGGACGUGAGCCUGGCCCGGACCCACACGCGCAGCAUGCUGGACAAAUACGCCCUGCAGCAGGCGGUGGACGCUCAGAAGGUCUGGGAGUGGCACGAUUUCGAGGAGCGCAUGAGGCGGGCCCCGGAGAUCCUGGUGCGGCUGAGGUCGCACACAGUCUGGGAGAGAAUGUCGGUGACACUGUGCUUCACGGUGCAGGGCUUUCCUACCCCUGUGGUGCAGUGGUACAAGAAUGGCAGCCUGAUCUGCCAGGCAGGUGAGCCCGGGAAGUACCUCAUCGAAAGCAGGUACGGCGUGCACACACUGCAGAUCAACAGGGCAAACUUCGAUGACUCGGCCACGUACUCUGCGGUGGCGACAAACGUCCACGGACAGGUGUCGACCAACGCUGCGGUGGUGGUGAAAAGGUUCCGCGGGGAUGAGGAGCCUUUCCACUCCGUGGGACUCCCGAUCGGGCUGCCCCUGUCCGCCGUCAUCCCCUACACCCACUUCGACGUGCAGUUUCUGGAGAAAUUCGGCGUCACCUUCAGGAGAGAAGGCGAGACCCUCACGCUCAAGUGCACCGUGCUGGUGACGCCAGACCUGAAGAGAGUGCAGCCGCGGGCUGAGUGGUACCGGGACGAUGUGCUGCUGCAGGAGUCCAAGUGGACCAAGAUGUUCUUUGGGGAAGGCCAGGCCUCCCUGUCCUUCAGCCACCUGAACAAGGACGACGAGGGGCUGUACACCCUGAGGAUCGUGUCCCGCGGCGGAGUCAGUGACCACAGCGCCUUCCUGUUCGUCAGAGAUGCCGACCCGCUGGUCACAGGGGCUCCCGGGGCGCCCAUGGACCUGGAGUGCCACGAUGCCAACCGGGACUACGUCAUUGUGACCUGGAAGCCGCCCAACACGACCACCGAGAGCCCGGUCAUCGGCUACUUCAUCGACCGGUGCGAGGUGGGGACCGACAACUGGGUGCAGUGCAACGACGCACCUGUGAAGACCUGCAAGUACCCGGUGACCGGGCUCUUCGAGGGCCGGUCCUAUCUGUUCCGCGUGAGGGCUGUCAACAGCGCAGGCAUCAGCCGGCCCUCCCGGGUCUCCGUCGCCGUGGCUGCCCUGGACCCCGUGGACCUCAGGAGGCUGCAAGCAGUCCACUUGGAGGGAGAGAAGCCGACCGUGAUCUCCAAGGACGACCUGGAAGGUGACGUUCAGAUCCCAGGUGCCCCCACCGACGUGCACGCCUCCGAGAUCAGCAGGACCUAUGUGGUCCUCAGCUGGGAGCCUCCCACACCCCGUGGCAAGGAGUCCUUACUGUACUUCAUCGAGAAGUCUGUGGUUGGCAGUGGCACCUGGCAGCGUGUCAAUGCGCAGAUGGGCGUGAAGUCCCCUCGCUUCGCUGUCUUUGACCUGGCGGAUGGGAAGUCCUAUGUGUUCCGGGUGCUGUCAGCCAACAAGCACGGCCUGAGCGACCCGUCAGAGACCACGCCUCCCAUCCAGGCGCAGGACAGCAUUGUGGUCCCUUCUGCACCCGGCCGAGUGCAGGCUUCCCGGAACACCAAGACGUCUGUGGUAGUACAGUGGGACCAGCCGAAGCACGCGGAGGACCUACUGGGCUACUACGUGGACUGCUGCGUGGCAGGCACCAACCGGUGGGAGCCAUGCAACCACAAGCCCAUUGGAUACAACAGGUUCGUGGUGCACGGCUUGACCACUGGCGAGCAGUACGUCUUCCGGGUCAAAGCUGUCAACGCCGUGGGCACCAGCGAGAACUCACAGGAGUCCGAUGUCAUCAAGGUGCAGGCGGCCCUGACCGUCCCGUCCCGUCCGUACGGGAUCACCCUGCUGAACUGUGACGGUCACUCCAUGACGCUGGGCUGGAAGGUGCCGAAGUUCAGCGGCGGGACGCCCAUCCUGGGGUACUAUGUGGACAAGCGCGAGGCACAGCACAAGAACUGGCACGAGGUCAACGCCUCGCUGCUGCAGGACAGGAUCCUGACGGUGGAGGGCUUGACAGAAGGCUCCCUGUACGAGUUCAAAAUCACAGCCACCAAUGUGGCAGGAAUCGGGCAGCCCUCGGAUCCCAGCAAGCUCUUCAAGUGUGAGGCCUGGACGGCUCCGGAGCCUGGGCCUGCCUACGACCUGACAUUCUGCGAGGUCCGAGACACAUCGCUGGUGGUGCUGUGGAAGCCGCCUGUGUACCCCGGCAGCAGCCCCGUGUCUGGGUAUUUCGUGGACUGUAAGGAGGUAGAUGCUGGAGAAUGGAAGACUGUUAACCAGGCCACAGCUCCAAACCGUUACCUGAAGGUCUGUGACCUGCAGCGAGGUCAGACCUAUGUGUUCCGAGUGCGGGCAGUGAACACCAGCGGGCCGGGGAAGCCCUCGGACGCAUCGGAGCCCGUGCUGGUGGAGGCCAGGCCAGGCACAAAGGAAAUGAGCGCAGGUGUGGACGAGGAGGGCAACAUCUACCUGGGCUUCGACUGCCAGGAGAUGACCGACGCCUCCCAGUUCACAUGGUGCAAAUCCUACGAGGAGAUCGCGGACGGGGACAGGUUCCGCGUGCACACCGAGGGCGAUCACUCGAGGCUGUACUUUAAGGACCCGGAUCAAGUGGACGUGGGGACUUACUCCGUGUCUGUGAGCGACACGGACGGUGUGUCCUCCAGCUUUGUUUUGGAUGAAGAAGAGCUUGCGCGUUUGAUGGCACUGAGCAACGAGAUCAAGAACCCCACGGUUCCUCUGAAGUCAGAAUUAGCUUAUGAGAUUUUCGAUAAGGGCCAGGUUCGCUUCUGGCUCCAGGCUGAGCACUUGUCGCCCGAUGCCAACUUCCGGGUGGUCAUUAACGACAGAGAAGUCUCUGACAGCGCGACACACAGAAUUAAGUGUGACAAGUCCACAGGGCUUAUUGAGAUGGUCAUGGAUCGAUUUACUUUUGAAAAUGAAGGAACCUACACAGUGCAGAUUCAUGACGGAAAAGCCAAAAACCAGUCUUCUCUGGUUCUCAUCGGAGAUGCUUUCAAGGCUGUCCUGGAAGAGGCUGAGUUUCAAAGGAAAGAGUUUCUCAGGAAGCAAGGCCCUCACUUUUCGGAGUAUUUGCACUGGGACGUCACCGAAGAGUGCGAAGUGCGCCUUGUUUGUAAGGUUGCGAACACCAAGAAGGAAACGGUUUUCAAGUGGCUCAAGGAUGACGUUCUGUAUGAGACAGAGAAGCUGCCUGACCUGGAGAAGGGUGUCUGUGAGCUGCUCAUACCCAAGUUGUCCAAGAGGGACCAUGGCGAGUACAAGGCGACCUUGAAGGACGACAGAGGUCAAGAUGUGUCUGUCCUUGAGAUAGCCGGCAAAGUGUACGAGGACAUGAUCUUGGCCAUGAGUCGAGUCUGCGGAGUCUCUGCCUCUCCCCUGAAGAUCCUCUGCACCCCGGAAGGGAUCCGGCUCCAGUGUUUCAUGAAGUACUUCACGGAGGAGAUGAAAGUCACCUGGUAUCACAAAGAAGCGAAGGUCUCCUCCAGUGAGCACAUGCGGGUCGGAGGCAGCGAGGAGAUGGCCUGGCUGCAGAUCUGUGAGCCCACGGAGAAGGACAAAGGGAAGUACACCUUUGAGAUUUCCGACGGCAAAGACAACCAUCACCGCUCCCUUGACUUCUCUGGACAAGCUUUUGAUGAGGCAUUUGCGGAAUUCCAGCAGCUCAAGGCCGCUGCAUUUGCAGAGAAGAAUCGCGGCAAGGUGAUUGGGGGCUUACCCGACGUGGUGACCAUCAUGGAAGGCAAGACCCUGAACCUGACCUGCACCGUCUUCGGGAACCCGGACCCCGAGGUGGUGUGGUUCAAGAACGACAAGGACAUCCAGCUCAGCGAGCACUUCUCCGUGAAGGUGGAGCAGGCCAAGUACGUGAGCAUGACCAUCACGGGGGUGACCUCGGAGGACUCGGGGAAGUACAGCAUCCACGUGCGGAACAAGUACGGCGGGGAGAAGAUCGAUGUCACCGUCAGCGUGUACAAGCACGGGGAGAAGAUCCCUGACAUCGUGCCGCCCCAGCAGGCCAAGCCCAAGCUCAUCCCGGCCUCCACCUCCGCCGAGUAGGAGAGGGAAGCCGGCCCAGCUGCCGGAGCACUGUGUGCCCUGGGCACCAGGACUCGAGGGCGCCACGCGUGGGCACAUAGCACCUCACUCGGCUUCUGAGCUUUGCACUUGUGAUUGGUGGUUUACAUCUGCCUGGAGGAAUGGCUGGUUUCCACGGGGAAGCAGCUUGUGUGGAUGCAGGGUGGAGGGAGGUGGCUGGGCAGACCUUUCUGACAGGAAGUAGUGCGGCCGUGUCCAGCUGCCCCGUGGUUUGGCCCGUUGAGCCGGUGUUACCUGGUCACGCUGUUUCUUCUGCUUUAGGCCAAUAAAGCUUUAAAAGACUC